AUGCAACACAGGAUCCUAUAUGAUAAGCCCACGAAGAGAGUGAUAAUUGGAAAGAAGAGCCAGCUGAUCACCACAUCAGCAGUGAGGAACACAGCUGGUGCUGCAAUAGGAGUAGGUCUUGUGUACAGUGCAAGAGCCAAUCUGUUAGUGAAGGAAACCAUGCAAGUCUCCCCGCAAGUGUUGAGGGUGACCUUAAAUGGAAACCCAAGGCUGACAGUCAUCUCAGCCUAUAGUCCAACCGAUGGGGACAGUGAUGCAAAUGCGGAAGAGUUCUAUGAGGAAGUGUGUAGAACUGUGAACACCACACCAGCUCAUAACAUCCUGCUUGUUCUGGGUGACCUCAAUACACAUCUGGGUAAGAAAAGCAGUGAAGAUCCUUGCUGGUACUUCCAUAACAACACUAACCAAAAUGAGGGACACCCUGCUGGAGGUGAACUUGAUGGCAACCAGCCCAUGGUUUGA